CCUUCAUGAUUUUUUCCUCUGUACACUGGCUUUAGUAGUUAGUCUAUUUUCACGCUUUACGCAAAGGGGGACUGCAUGCAUGCGUUGCUGUUUAAUCGCUCACCGCGGUGCGUAAAAAGGCGCGUCCUCGUCGUUGAGGGCUAUCACGUUAUCGCUAUAUCUUUAGGGGAGGUAAAUAAAAGGUUUUGCCAAAGCACAGCAGUGAUGCAAAGUCUGGUAGGUGACUGCUCUCGCCAGCAGCACAGAGCUUUUUUUUUUUUGACACGGACCCACAUGUCGGUCGGACUAGCGCUGGGACCAGCGCACUUGGUUGUAUGUUGGGCUUAUUGGAUUUGACUGGUGCCUUAGCUUGUGCAUAUAUUUAAUUCUUUCACGAUGUUAUUAAAAGAUGCGGCACCUGUUUGCGAAUGUUGCAGAAAACGGGUAGAGAAACUGCAAUUGUGUGAAAAAGCUUGUGUAGCGUUUGAAAAUUCUUGGAUUUCUGCUGGAAAAGGACUGCUCGCCUUGCUGUUGAUAGUGUUGGAGUGGACCCGGCCAGGCCUACCGUCCCCGCUGAGGCCAAUCUGUGACCUGAGAGUCCUGAACCAUUUCAUUAAGGAAGCACAAGACGCAGAAGUCGCUAUGAAGUCAUGUAGAGAAGGAUGUAGCCUGUCAGAGUCCGUCACAGUUCCCCAAACCAGAGUCGAAUUUGAUGUCUGGGAAACGAAAACUGCAUUGGAGCAAGCCCAUGAGGUGCAGUCUGGCUUAUGGCUUUUACAACAGGCCCUCAGCUUGCUACGGACCUCAGUCACCAACGCAGCACUGCACAGCCACAUAGAUAACUCCAUCAGAAACCUGAUCAGCAUCAAUGCUGUGCUGCGUAGCCUCAACAUCCAGGAAUAUACCGCACCAGCAAGUGCAGCUGGGGUUGAGGGAACAUGGAGGGUGUCCUCUGCAACAGAGGUGCUUCAAGUCUAUGUCAACUUCCUGCGAGGCAAAGUGCGCCACCUUCUUUUGGAUGCACAGGCUUGUCAGCAAGACGUCAGCUGAUCAGCUGAUCUCCCUACUCCAGGUGAAGCUAAUUUGUGUUUCUGAAGGCAAGAGGAGGAACUUGACACUGUUGACCUGCACGCUGGCUGCUGGAAGCGGUGUGGAAAGAGAGAAAGAUACAGCCAUCCUCACAUAAGAGGAGGAAGCUGAAAGGAAAGGACAGUCCCGGCUGGGCUUUGGAUGGACAGGAGAUGAUUGCACCUUGGAAUGUAGAUGUGAAACAUGGACAUGGUGAAGCACAUACUGACCACAAUGAGGCCUUUGGUCUGCUCCAAUAGCUGUUCUACUGGCACUCUCUUGCACUUUGUGUGAGGAUGUACUUCUGUGUGUGUGAGUUAAGGCUGCAAGUUUCAAUCUGUACGUAGUGUGUAUGUUUCCAGUGAGUUUGACCCCUACUAUCACCUCUUUAGAGUGAAUUGUGGAGUGGAACACCCAGAAACUAUUGAUUGCACCUGGAAAUUGGAGGACUGUGAGGUUGCGACAGAGCAUCCAUUUCCAAUACCACUGCAAAAAGGCAGAAACGAAUGAGGCCUCACCCCACAAGCCCUUAACAUUUUUCCACUAUGCCUCACUGAAACAAUAGUCUCUUCUCUUGGAUUUUUUUUUUCAAUGAAUAUUUUAAUAUAUUUUUUAAAAGCUUUGUAAUUACUAUUUAUACAUAUUUUCUACUUUUAAGCUCCUGUCUUGACGUUUUAGUGUCAGAUCUAAGUUGGGCUCUUGUUGCCGUCUUCUCUUCUGUCACACUGAACACAUUUGCAAAGGUGUUUGUGGAAAUCAUUUGCAAUGGCACGCUGCUGUCUCCCUUUUUAUAAAGAUUGCAUGUACCCGACUAGCUGUUAGUUUCACAUCGCAAUUCACAACGUUUCUUGCAAAUAACAGAACGAAGGACUAGAACGUGGAUGUAGAGGUUCAGUUACAGUGAACGAGGGAGCGUGAGGUCAGUGAGGAGGAGGGUGGGGGGUUACAUGAGAACUGUGAAGCUGUUUUGUCAUUAUCUGUGUAUUUGUUGCUGCCUAACACUCAACCAGUCUCCCCACACUGAUAGCCAGACUGCCUGGGAAAGUGCUGUUUGGCUUUUACAAUUAACAUCCUGUGAGGCUGUAAUAGUUUUCCAGAAUCUGACGCUCUCUUCCCUCCCUCGAUUGUUCGUCAUCAAACAGCAGGCAGGCAAUCAGUUAGUCCUGGGAACUUGAUGCUUUAUAAAAUGGAUGUUCAACUAUUUCAGACUAGUUAAGUGUUCUUCCUUGUUUGUUUCCGUAUUUUUAAAUCUUGUUGUGCAAGUGCAAAAUGUUUUUUAAGGAUGUUUGUACAUGUUUUCUUUCCUGUUAUUUCUGUGUUGUUUUGUCCCAUCACUACAAUUUGCUAUUUAAAUACAAAAUAUUAUUCUUGGAUAAAGAAAGGAUAGAUGGAAACACAA